AUGUUGACAUUAUCACCUUUUGCUCAAUUUCAGUCUGUCCAGAAUGUCUCACCCGAGUAUCAACGCACAUCAGGUAUUCUGUAAACCUCCUUCAGACCCAAUGUUUGAGAAGUUCAAAGGCCAAUGAAUUGUGGGCCUGGCGGAAAACCGGAGUUGCACGAGCGUUUGCCGAACACAAGGGAGACCGAGUCCCGGAGCAGGUCGGAGCGUAGUGUAGCAGGAGACUUCUCGGGGAAGGAUCGCAACCACCACCGAGGAGACACAGCGAGGAUGGCGGCCAGGAUUCUGCUGCCCGUGCUGUUGGUGUUAUGUCUGGGCGCAGUGGCGACGGGACUGUACGAGCGCGUGUGCGGCAUGGAUCCAGAGUUUACCACUGGUAAAGCCACUACAACCACCACUGGGGAAACGGCGCAGCAACUUUUAAAUACGACGGGUGUAACUACGGGGAUAGAAUCUCGAGAUGAUACUGAAGAGAUUCAGGAGUUGUUCUCAAGUGACGCUCAACCGAGGAAACAAGACAACGAAACCCCGCAACAGAUCCCUCCCGACCCAAGUAAACGAGCCGCCCGUUGGUUGAUCAUGAUGCGUAACGCGGCCUACGGUUGGGCAGACACACCGAACGCCAUCUUAGCCCUGCAACUGGCCAAUGAUACGUGGUUUAACAAACAGGACCUGUCAAGCCAGCUGAGCGUCAAGCAGAUGCAGAUCGAGCUUCUGUCAAAGAUUGCAAGGAGAGGCUUCCACCUGAAGGACGUUCCCACAGGUGAGCUGUCUCACUACGUCUUGGCGCUGACCGCCACCUGUCAGAACCCCAGGAACUUCUACGGACACAACCUGCUGGAGGCCAUAGACAGGGCGCUGUUCCACUUCCCCACGGCGGAGUUCAACAACUUUUACCAGUUCAGCCAGGGUGUGCUUGCCAUCUGCGGUGCGGGAGCUCCAGUCAAACCCAGACUCAUCAAGGACCUGGCGAAGGGACAGCAGGCUGACGGUGGAUACCCGUUCGGUGUCGACGCCACAGCAAUGUCAAUCCUUGCCCUUUCCUGUGCGGAGAAGCAGCGCAUCCACAAGCACGACAAGGACGAGAUCAAGAGGGUGUUUGGGAAGGCUGUGAACUACCUCAGGAUCCAACAGAGGCCUGACGGCAGCUUCGGCAAUCAGCACAACACCGGUCUGGCUGUACAGGCUAUGAUAGCAGCAAACCUGGAGCCGGCCACGUGGCGGUGCCCGGACGCGCUGACCACCCUGACCCGCACGCAGCACCAGGACGGGUCGUUCGGACAGUUCUUCCAGACAACCGUGCAGGUCCUGCCGGCGCUGGCCGGGAAAACGUACGCCGACGUCAACAGGAUCAUGUGCGAAAUGGCACCGAUCAUGGAUGAAGACGAAGAAAGCUUCCUGAUGACCGAGUAUGACCUCUAUGACCCGGAAGAGGAACCCAACCAUUACGUCAGUAACAUGACGGUCCAGUACACCAUCCACAGCGACUUCCACCCUAACGUGUCGGCCAGUAUAGAGAUCACUGUACCCAGCAACACCAGCUUCAUCGACAUCAUGGACCUCGCCGCAGAGAGGGAUGAGAGGUUCAGGUAUGAAGCGCCGGACACGAAAUGGGGCCAUUACGUCAGUGCCAUCGGGGAAGUGACGGAAGAUCACGACGAGAAGCGAUACUGGACAAUCAUGUUGGACCCAGACAUCUCCAUAGAUGAAGGCAUUGACCACUUCAUUCCGGAUGAUGGCGAUCACGUGAUCUUCAGGUACCGGAAAUACGACUAGGAAGCCAUAUUGGACCGUCCUGUUACCAGCGCCCCAGAAUGCAUCUCUCUAUCUGAGGCUCAUCUUACAGCUGUGUUGCCGCCAUAUCUUGAUCCAUUCCAAAUACAAUAACAAAACAUAAAGAAUUUUGCCAUGGAAAAGGUAUUCGUUUGACCUUUUAAAGGUCUUUUAUAGACCUUUUUUUUAUCAUUUACAGAUGUGAUGAUUUCCCAUACUGGCUCUGUAAAAUGGAGUUUACUCAGAGCAUGUUUCCUAAUAACAUGUUUAUACAACUUCUUUACUGCAAGGACUAAACGAUGUUUAUUUGUCCUAGAUUUGUUUAUAACUUUUUAGGAAACUGCAACAAUGUGGACUGAAAACACUAUAAUAUUGUUUAAAUUUCUUAUUUCUUACUGAGAAACUGUUAUUGAAGUCCAAUACAAAAAUUCGCCGUCAGGUUCUCGAUGAAACAGAUAUAUUUUCACUUUAUCUCCUUAACUACGAAUUUGUGGGUUUACGUCGACAAAAAACGUUGACACUUACGCCCAAGGCGUCCACCAUAAAUUGAGCCGCUAUCGUGCCAUAUGGCAGGCUCACAGAUAUUAUACUAAUUUGGGUUCGUGAUUUUUGCUGUCUAAAAGAAGUACCAUCUGGUCUUCAGAUAGAAACAAGUGUCAAAAUAUGUCCACUGACCACUUAAUUGUUUGUAAGCCUCGUACUGAUGUACAUAAUUUAUGUAAAUAAUCUAGACCGACUCAGCAAUAUAUUGAAUGUAAGAUCCGUGCCGUUGGCGUUACUAUGGCGACGUGCUAUCUCUUUUUGUCGGCAUGUUUUGUCGACGUCUCGUUGGAUAUUUGUGACAACCUGUCCUUGGUGUUGAACAGAUGUUGUUAUGUUUAGUCUGGAUCAAAGGAAACUUUUUCGAUGUAAUCAACUUGAGAUUUUGUAAUGAAAUAAAAUCGUUUCCCGAUCAA